UUGUUUAUGGUAAACCAAACAAACAGUUUGUUUUGAUCAUCGCUUUUAAAAUCAAAGUGUCACUCAACGAUUCCAAAAUAUUCCAAAAUAUCCAUAUUCCGUAUAUAAUUCUAUUCCCGCACUAAAAUGUCCAUAACGGUGGAGCCAGCGAAAAUUCUUCAGCUAAUAAACAGCAUGGGAUAUAAAAAUGUAUCAGCGACCGAACUAAAAGAGUUCACCAAGGAUGUAAAACGGUUGAUGAAAUACGAGCAACGACAGAAAGUUUCUAGCACUGGAAAUGUGCCAAGAGUCAGUCCACAAGUGAUACAACAUGCACCUGAGAAUGUGAUAAAUGUCACGAUAAUAAAGGAAGCCACCCCAAAGAAAAGCGAUCCAGCGCCUACUGUGCGUGUGUCAAAGUCCGUUGGAAAAAGUGAUGUCCCAUCCCAAACCGACAUACCCGAAAAAGAUAUCGAAGAGCCGGUCAAACAGAAAAAAAGGUUGUUGCGUUUGCCACGACAUGGCAGAACGAAAAAUCCAAAAGUCAUCUAUAAGAAGGGAAUUGGCUGCGGUGUGAAGAAUGGUGUCCUCAUUCGAAAUACACCAACCGAUUUGUAUCAGAAAUAUCAAGAUGAUUGGAUCAAAUUUAAAUCGUACAUUCCGGGCGAGAACAGCCGAAUGAAUGUACGCCGAAGAAUUCGAAAGAAAAUGCAACAGAAAGAGGAUGAUAAUGCAAAGGUUUAUGUCCAUUUUCCCGAUGAAACUGGAGACCAUUAGCCACUAUAAGUUACUUCUUCAAAUGACUUCUACGGAUGUAUCCAUGUGAACUAUAUUUCAUUGUCCCUUCCAUGCAAGGGAACAAUUCAUUGUCACUCCCAUUUCAUCAUCUAACUACUUCUGCCUCUUUAAUAAACAAUUCCAGUACAAACACAAGGAGAUUCUCUGUUAUGAAUUU